UCCUUUUUUCCCUUUAAUUUCACUUUCCGAUAUCAAACCCUACUUUUUCUUUUUUCUUUUUCCAAAAACCCCCUCAAAUUCGCAUUCCCAAUUUCUAUCUUCAUUACCCAUUUUCUCCAAUUACUAUUAAUCGUAGUUUUUUACAUUAUAAUUUAUAUUUUAUUCAAUGGAGCCCGUGAAGCCAAAAUCUGCAGAAGAGGUUUUCAAUGACUUUAAAGGAAGACGAGCUGCUUUAAUCAAAGCCCUUACUACUGAUGUUAACAAGUUUUUUGAGCUCUGUGACCCUGAAAAAGACAAUUUGUGUCUAUAUGGUCUCCCGAAUGAAGUAUGGGAAGUGAAUCUCCCUGUUGAGGAGGUGCCUCCUGAACUACCUGAGCCAGCUUUAGGUAUAAACUUUGCCCGGGAUGGCAUGAAGCAGAAGGAUUGGUUAUCACUUGUUGCAGUUCACAGUGAUUCAUGGUUGCUCUCUGUUGCUUUUUAUUUUGGUGCACGUUUUGGGUUUGGUAAGAGUGAAAGGAAAAAGCUCUUCCAACUGAUAAAUGAACUUCCAACCGUGUUCGAAAUUGUGACUGGAGCAGUUAAAAACCCAAAGAAUCAGGCUGAGGUUCAAAAGAAUGGCAGUAGAAGCAAGUCAAGUGGGAAAAUGCAGUCGCGGUCAUCCGAAUCUCUACCCAAGGGACUAAAGUUGACUCCACCUAAUGAUGAGAAUGGAAGCGAAGAAGAAGAAGAUGACGAUACACAAGGAGCAACCCUUUGUGGAGCAUGUGGUGACAACUAUUCAGAUGAUGAGUUUUGGAUAUGCUGUGAUAUCUGUGAAAGAUGGUUCCAUGGAAAAUGUGUGAAAAUUACACCUGCCAAAGCUGAGAAUAUCAAGCAAUAUAAAUGUCCAAGUUGCGCUACUAAAAGGGCUCGUCUUCAGGUUUAAGUUUUACGAACAUAUAAGCUUAUUAUGGUUCUUAUUAGAUAUUCAACUCUUACUAACUUUGAAACACAAAUGUGCGGCUUCAUGAAGUUUAUGGUAUUAGCUAAUACCAGAACGCCUAAUGUUCAAUUUUUGUUUUUACUA